CCUCCAGACCUGCUGGAGUGGUCAUCCUGUUGAUCUCCGGACAAGAUGGCUCCACUCGCUCUCCUGCUGCUCUGCCAAGUCGCCUUACACACAAUAGUGACAUCCAAAAAAGCAUGUGGCCGACCGCCCUUGAGCGAUGGCAUCGAUGUGUCCAGUCUGAAGAGUGUGUAUGACGUUGGGGAGGAAGUGACCUUAGCGUGUGAACAGGGCUACACACCUUCUACUCCUUCCCCGCACAAGCUGGCCUGCACCCCCACCCAGGAAUGGACGGCGACUGACCUAGCGUGCACACGUAGAACCUGUCCUAUCCCCAGGCCUCUGCAGGCUCUUGUGCCAGGGAGAACCCAGGUUCCUUUCAAGACGGUGCUGAACUACACAUGUGAUGAAGGAUAUGUCAUGACAGGAGCCAAUGAGAGCACAUGUUUAGCUGACGGAACCUGGAGCCAUCCUCCCCCGCUUUGUAAAGCAGUGAGCUGUGCACUACCAAAGCCGCCCCGAGAUGGUAGAUUUGUGUUGGACAAGGCGCACACUGCGAUCAGCACCAUGUACGGGCAGGGUUGGACGUACGAGUGCACCCCACCCAAGGCUCCCAGCUUUGAGAGAGGGGAGUGCUUGGCCGACGGAACCGCAACGGAACCGCCCGUUUGUCGCGAUAUCAGCUGUCCCAUUCCUGAGGGGAUCCCUAAUGGCUUCCUCGCCUUCGCAGUCAUGAGGACCCAUGGCUACAAGGGGACGGUCAGGUACGCCUGCAACGACCACUACGUGCUGGACGGACAGGCAGAGAACCGCUGCACAAACACAGGGAACUGGUCCACUAAGCCUGUCUGCAGGGCCCCGUGUUCAGUCAACAUCAAGAGAGGGCGCAUCUCCUACAACGGCAGGAAGCUUUGGAUUGCAGAUUUGAAACCUAACAGGGUGCUCCACGGAGAGCGGGUGCUCUUCUACUGCAAGAACAAAGUGCAGAAAUGUGGGUACCCAGUCGCCUCUACCUGCAAUGAUGGUACCCUGACGCUCCCCGAAUGCUUUGAGGAACCAGGAAAGCUGGAGUACACCAUGAGGUCGAAGACUCUGCCGUCGGAGAUCAACGUGUGUGAUGCCAAUCCUUCUGCUACUCCGAGCUCUGCUGCCCCAGCCUAACAGAGGGCAAGCCCCAGUGGUUACCCCAGGACAAGGGCCAGGGCCAUGGGCAACUAGAACGCAAUAACAGGGGCUGUUCAAUAACAGUUCGGUCUUCUUUUGCUGCCUCUUACUUUAGCAUUUUCCUGUUUGCAUAUAUGUACUGCUUGUCAAACUAAUUUCAUUAAAAGCCAUACAAAAAACAUCAUAAGCUUAUAUAAUUAUUAAGUGACUUGGACUAAAUAAAGAUGACCAAUUGAAAGUGUGAAGGAGACAGGGAUAUAGGGUGUUGAUUUGCAGUCAGGGGUAGUUUAUUUUUAUUAACCAAAAAUAUCUGCUCAAACCUCAGUCUACCACCCGUCACACUUUUGAACACAGUUUUUUCUUUCUUUUACAUCCACUGUUUGAUGGCUGAUGUCCUCGCUACAAUGGAUAAUCUUCACUGUAACGAUCGCGUCGAAAGACCUGUAAUUUCCCUGGGGAUCUUCGCCUACAGAGGGGUUCCCAGUAGAACCCACGUGCUCACAUGAAUCCUGGACACAGCAGCGUUGAGUAAGAGGAAGGGGGUAUUACCACACACUUCCCUCACUGUUACCAAACACUCGAUGAACAGAUUAGAAAAACUCAAAAACAUGAUGCAAGAAUAAGAUAUUUCUAAGCAAAUUUCCACUUCGACCAAGAAAAUAACAAAAGUUCUGUUUCACUACCACCACACUGAGCAAAGAUUACGAAGAUGUGCUUUUUGAUAUCUCUCCUAAUUAAAUGUAUCUGAAAGGACCAACUGAUGCAAAAGGCUCAGCCUUCAAACGACACCCCGACUACCUGAAUCUGUUAAUCUGUAAUAAAUAAUAAAUAGUCAAGUAAAAGAGGAACCAAAACACACAUAUGAAGUAUGCAUACUGUUUUGUUUUUUUAUCGAUAAAUGCGACCAUUCCUCUUUAAAGAGCCAGUGAACCCACAAUUUCAGCAGGGAUUAAAACACGAUGAGAUAAAAAAAAUGCUCUUUGGGCUGAGAGCUGGUUGGGGAGACGUUGUAUAUGAAUGGCGCCACUCAACGUGACAUCACACUGAGAAGCUGAGCCCUCUCUCGCAUCAUCAACCGCUGCCCAUACAGCGUGCCACACAGGGUUCCUGGGGCGUCGUAGAGACCAGUUACACGGUCACAAAGAACUCAUGCCUGCAUGCAGACUGGAACGUUAACGUAGGGUUUGGGGAGACUAUGGAAGAUUUUACUCCUGUUUCUCUUAAUUAUAGCCUUAUUUCAGAAACAGUGGUACAAUGGCUUGGAUUACUAUGUUGAUGUUGAAUUUCAUAUCAGACAUAUUACCACGUUCCAAGCAAAAGUUCACUGGCUCUUGAAGGUGAAUCUAUUUUUUAUCUAAAGUCAGUUAAACUGCAGCAAAAUGCAGUCUGUCUGCUGUGGUUUAAUGCCACAAAAAGCACAGAUACAAUUGACUCCCCCUCUGCCUGUAAAAAAAAAGGCAGGACCUUCAGAGAAACCGAGAGUAGGGUUGCCAGUAAGCUCAUUCAAUAUUAUCAGUUUACCUUUAAACAAAGUCAAACAGGGGCCUGGAGUUCUUGGUCAAGCCAGCAGACAUGCGACUCUUACAGGCUCUACUUGUGUUGAGUCCAUUUCUAUCCAUCGUAAAGUCAGAGAAUGAAGGCUGUCCCAGACCAGUCCUCACGCCUCACGUGGAGGCCCUGGGGCUGCAGCUGCUAUCUCCUCCGGGGACGGAGGCCCGCCUGACCUGUGCCCCGGGCUACACCACCCAGAGCGGCGUGGGGGUCAUCAUCUGCAGCGUCCGGGGGGCAUGGGGCAGAACGGAGUUUGUGUGUCAGCCAAAGAUGUGCCCUGCCAUAGAUACCCCACCAAAUGCAGAGAUGCACUUUGAGGACAAUUUAUACCAGAGUAGAGUCAACUUCACCUGCAAUGAGGGGUACAAUUUGCAUGGAGCCAGCAGUGUUGUGUGCCAAGAAAAUGCAGAAUGGAGCGCAUCAAGUCCAGAGUGCAAAGUUGUGACUUGUGGUCCACCUCCUAUCCCAGAUAACGCCAGAAUUGUGUACGACAUUUGGAGGGCCCCUGGGGGAAAAGCCAAAUUUGGUGUGAGAGGGACUUACAAAUGUGUGCCUCCUAUGGCCCUCAUAGGAAACCCAAGAGCAGAAUGUACUUCCUCUGGAACCUGGACAGUAGCACCCAUGUGUCAAAUGGUAACCUGCCCCAGUCCAGAACCCAUCGAUCAUGGUCACAUGUCCUCCCCCACCAUGAGCAACUACAAGGACACCAUCAAAUAUGGCUGCACGGGAGACUACAUCCUUUCUGGUAACCCAUUUGUCCAAUGCCUUGAGACAGGACAGUGGUCCCCCAAGCCUGCUUGUGGCGCCCCCUGCUCUGUGGACAUAGAUAGAGGGAGGAUAUUGUAUAACGGAAGAAGACUCUGGAUUAAGGAGCUGAAUCCUAACAAAGUGUUUCACAAUGAAAACGUUUCUUUCUACUGCAUGAAUACUGCUGGGAGAUGUGGUUAUGCUGUGUCAAGCCAGUGCAUCAAUGGAACCCUCAGCAUCCCAGACUGCUUUGAAGUCCCAACCGGAUUUCAAUACAUAACUGGUAAUGGCCUGCCGUCGGAGAUCACACAAUGUUGAAGCAUCAGAGCCAGCGUCUUUAGGCAUCCAAAUUGUUGUGACCAUUGUUACGUAUUUUAAGCACAUAAGCUGCCCCCACAUAGCCACUAGGAAGCAGGACGAACAAACCAGCAGCAUUACCCCCACAUAGCCACUAGGAAGCAGGAUCGAACACACAAGCUGCAUUACCCCCACAUAGCCACUAGGAAGCAGGAUCGAACACACAAGCUGCAUUACCCUCACAUAGCCACUAGGAAGCAGGAUCGAACACAUAAGCUGCAAUAUCUACUCCAGCCACAGAUGGCAGCACCUUUAGACAGGUGAGGAGAGCGGGGCCACACAGGCCACGCCUACUUCACAUAGGCCACGCCCACUUUAUACUAACCAGCGUGGGAGUGAGAUUGGAGGGGAGAGACGUAUGCAGACCCGCAGAGAGCCUCGGGCCUAAACCCCGGGGCUCGAAGUAGCUCUUCAGUAUUUCUCUCCACGCGUGUUGGAUACAAUUCCCUCCCUUUUGCUUCAUAGUUACCAUACCGAAAUACUUUAACAAAUAAAGUGAGUUAAAAGCGA